CCAAAUUAAAAUAAAGGCCAGAGUUGCAGACGAGAACUCAUCUGAAGAGUCAAGAACGUCCAGAACUGAAGUAGAGGAAAGAGAGGAAGGGAGAAAUCCCAAGAAAAAAAAAUGGAGGAGUUUUCAUCAAAGGAGACGACGCCCAAACAGAAAAUAUCAGUAGCAGCUAAUUAUUCUUCUUCUAAAGGAGUCCCCUGCAAUUUGCUUGAACGAGUCAUCACUGGUAUCCUCAACUGCCUGGGUUUCGACUCUAUCUCUGACCCUAAUUCCCUCAAACAAGGAGAACAUAUCGAGACUCAUACUUCCUUUGAUCCACUUCCAUCAACAAAAGGAGAUGGAGCAGUCAAAUACGAAGAAGCAACAGGUAGAAUCCCCAAACAGGUACCCAUAGACUCUGGAAGUAAUCCUCAGGUCAACAGUAAUAGAGAAGUCACUGUAUCAGCAAUAGGUAGAAGCCCCACACCGCCAAACGUAGACCCUGGAAAUGAUCCCCAGGUCAAUUCUAAGAGAGAUGAUGAUGUGUCAUCUACAGACUCAUAAUCUCUAUUUAAUUACUCUGAUCCUUUCAAGAUUAUAUACUUAUAUAUGUAAGUUAACUUUCCCAGACAUAAAAUUAGAUCCAACAUCCUUUGCAAUCUUGUCCAUCGUGGAUCUAUAUAGCCGACCAUAUUUAGUUGAAUAAGGUUUUGUUGUUGUUGUUGUUGUUGUAUUUGUUGUAUCCUUGUUAUCAUAUAUGUUUGUGUAUGUAAACUGAUGGCCAUGUAUCGAUUUCUAGAAUGGUAGUUUCUUUAGAAA